UGAUAUAAGCAGCUAUCACAUGAAAUAAAAUGGGAAACCAAAACAAUGUGACAGAGUUUAUUCUUCUGGGGCUCACAGAGAACCCAAAGAUGCAGAAAAUUGUGUUUGCUGUGUUUUUUCUUAUCUACAUGACUUCUAUAGCAGGCAAUGUGCUCAUUGUGAUUACCAUAAUCUCUACAUCAUUAUUAGAAUCUCCCAUGUACUUUUUUCUGGCUUAUCUGUCCUUUAUUGAUGCCUGUUACUCCUCCGUAAGCACCCCUAAACUGAUAGUAGAUUCACUCUGUGAAAAGAAGACCAUCCUAUUCAAUGGAUGCAUGACUCAAAUCUUCGGGGAGCAUUUGUUUGGAGGUGCUGAGAUCAUCCUGCUGACUGUGAUGGCCUAUGACCGCUAUGUGGCCAUCUGCAAACCCCUUCAUUAUGCAACCAUUAUGAGUCGACGACUAUGUAGCCUGCUAGUGGGAGUGUCAUGGUUGGGAGGUUUUCUUCAUGCCACCAUACAGAUCCUGUUCAUUGUCCGAUUACCCUUCUGUGGCCCUAAUGUCAUAGAUCACUUUAUGUGUGAUCUUAAUCCUUUGCUCAACCUUGUCUGCACAGAUACUCACACUCUUGGACUCUUUGUUGCUGCUAACAGUGGCUUCAUUUGUCUGCUGAACUUCCUCCUUCUGCUGGUCUCCUAUGUGGCCAUCCUGCGCUCCCUCAAGAACCACAGUGCAGAGGGAAGGCGCAAAGCCCUCUCUACCUGUAUUUCACACAUCACAGUGGUUGUCUUAUUCUUUGUGCCUUGCAUAUUUGUGUACAUGAGACCUGUAGCUACCUUACCUAUUGAUAAAGCAGUUGCUAUGUUCUAUACUAUGAUAACUCCCAUGUUAAAUCCCUUAAUCUACACCUUGAGAAAUGCUCAGAUGAAGGAUGCCAUUAAGAAAUUAGGCAGCACAAAAGUUCUUUCAAGUAAUAAAUGAACAUACCUGGAGCACGGCAUGAAUUAAAUUGAGUCAUAAAAUAAAGCAGGUACUAUCUAUAAUUUUAGCAAGGGGCAUUUAUUGGAUGAGGAGAAAACUAGUUAUGCAAUUUAUUUACAAUUUCUUCACUAAAGAGAGUAGAAAAGACAGCAUCCACUCCAUGCAUAUUUGGGAAUUUCUAUUGAAUUCAGAGUUUUUCAAUCACUCAUCCUUGUAUAAGUGAACACAUGAUUACCAUAUAGUAAAAAGUGAAGAAAUAAUACAUCUUAGUGGUGAAAUAUAAUCUCUCUGGCAAUCCAAAGGUGGGUACUGAUAGUCUUCCCAUUUUCAAAGACCGACAGAAGGGAAAGUACUAAAACCUUAAGACUGAGAAACAGUGGCCAGAGUAAGACUGGCUGUCCAGGCCACUCUUCUCCCUCUGCACUCUGAUGGCAACAGAAAGGUUAGAUAAACGUGGAUUCUCAGCAUAUGAAUGACGAUGUUGCCUUAAUAGUCUCUCCGCUCUCAUCAAGAUUUCAUUUUCUGAAGGACAAUUCUCUCUCUUUCAACCACUUUAUACAUAAGUAAUAUCCUAUUAUGUAAAGCUGUUUUUUAAAGUGAGCUUAUCCUUGGGGAUGAUUUGAGGGAGAGAGACAUAGAGAUUUGGUGGUUAAUGGACAGAUGGAUGAAGCUGAAUUGGAGGUAUAACUUCUUAUGUUCUACAGCAUGUGGGUGAUGCAAGUUUUAUGAUAAUUAAUUGAAUUUUCUAAAAUAUCCACUAAAGAGUAAUUAAAUGAUCUCAGUACAAAGACAUAAUGUGUAUCUGAGGUGAUAGAUAUACUGAUCUGAUAUUAUACAUCAUAUACAUGUAAUAAAGUAUCAUAUGGUGCCCCAUAAAUAUGUGUAAAUAUUUUAUGUC